AUCCGCAUUACGCGCCAGGCUCGCUGCCUGCUCUGCCUGAGCGGCGGUGCUCGGGAAGCUCAGCCCCGGAGCCAGGCACACCGCGAACUGACGCUCCGAGGCUGGACCGCGGGGCAGGAGCCGACCGGAGCGGGGCGGGGGGAACUUCCGCAAGGCGACCCUCACCGCGGCGUCCGGGCGCCAUCUCCGCCUCGACCCGGGGUAGUGAGGGGGGGCGGCCCCGGGAGCCCUGGGGGCGGUCGUGGGGGGGCUGUGCCGGUGACGUCGGGUUUGCAGCAGCCCCGAGCGGCAGCGGGCGGGCGAGCCCGCCGCCCGGUGCUGCGGCAGACGGCGGCGGAGCCGGGAGUCGUACCGGGGGAGCUCCGCCGAGGAGGGCUCCGGCGGCGCCAGGAUGUAGGCGCGGGGCGGCGGGGAGCUGCCGCCGGUGACGGGCUCGCCAUGAAGAAGCACUCGGCCAGGGUGGCCCCCCUCAGCGCUUGCAACAGCCCCGUCCUCACCCUCACCAAAGUGGAAGUUUCUGUCCAUACUGGAGGGGCCAUUCCUCUCAGACCAGUCAGUUGACUGCUUUCACUCUGUUUGUACACGAAAGCACAGUGUACUUUGAAGGCUGAUUUCCCUUCAUUAGGAAAGUAAAUAUUUCACUCCCUGCUCUGCAUCUUCCAGGGACACGGGAUGAGCGCUCCCGGGAGUCUCCAGCCCCAGCCGAAGCACAGAUGCAAGCCGGGGCGGAAGGCAGUGGAAGGGUGAACCGCUGUUGCUGGAAAUGCUCCGUGACGCAGCUCAAGAAGAUUGUCUGGGGUGUGGCUAUGGUCCUGGGUGUCUGCUCCUCUUGGUCAGGUUCAACCCAGCUAGCAAAACUGACCUUUAAGAAAUUCGAUGCACCCUUCACUCUAACGUGGUUUGCAACAAACUGGAACUUUUUAUUCUUUCCUUUAUAUUAUCUUGGACAUGUUUUUAAGUCAGCUGAAAAGCAGUCUCCGAAGCAAAGAUACAGGGAGUGCUGCCGAUUUUUUGGAGACAAUGGUUUGACUUUGAAGGUGUUUUUUACCAAAGCAGCACCCUUUGGUGUUCUUUGGACACUCACAAACUACCUUUACUUACAUGCAAUAAAGAAAAUAAACACUACGGAUGUCUCCGUGUUGUUCUGCUGCAACAAAGCUUUUGUGUUCUUGCUUUCAUGGAUCGUUCUGAGGGACAGGUUCAUGGGAGUGAGGAUUGUGGCUGCUAUAUUUGCCAUUGCAGGGAUAGUUAUGAUGACGUACGCUGAUGGGUUUCACAGCCACUCAGUUAUUGGGAUAGCCCUGGUGGUGGGCUCUGCCUCAAUGUCUGCUCUCUACAAGGUUUUAUUCAAACUUCUUUUGGGCAGUGCUAAAUUUGGAGAAGCUGCCUUAUUCCUGUCUGUGUUAGCCGUCUUCAACAUCCUCUUCGUUACCUGUAUUCCUGUCAUCCUUUAUUUUACCAAAGUGGAGUACUGGAGCUCUUUUGACAUCAUUCCUUGGGGAAACCUCUGUGGAUUUUCAAUUCUGUUAUUGACAUUCAAUAUUCUACUAAAUUUUGGGAUUGCUAUUACCUACCCCACCUUGAUUUCUCUUGGAAUUGUGCUGAGUGUCCCAGUGAAUGCAGUUGUUGAUCACUACACGAGUGAAAUUGUCUUCAACAGUGUCCGGGUGAUCGCCAUUAUCAUUAUUGGCCUGGGCUUUCUCCUGUUGCUCUUGCCAGAGGAGUGGGACGUCUGGGUAAUAAAGCUCCUCACGCGUCUCAAAGUCCGGAAGAAGGAAGAAAUCCCUGAAGGGAAUGGAGACAUUACUUCAGGACUGCCUAAUAAAAGCCGGAGAACUCGUCCCUCCAUGUCGUCCUUUGCUCAUUAAAUGCUCUUUUUAACAAAACUUUGUGGUUAACCUUAUCUAUGAUGAUGCAAAGGUCUUUUCUUGGAAAGAAGCACACCUGUCCAACAUGGUGUACAUACCUGUACAGUUUUGAUAUGAUCACCAUCUAAGGCAUUGAAUCUUGGCAUGUCCAGUUUGCUUGUACUUUUUUCACAUCAGACCUUUCACUUAAGUAGUACACUGAAAAAAAAACUGCAAACCAAGAACCUCUCUUCUCUUUUUAAAUGAAUGUAAUAUAUAGUCAAAAUAUAUUUGCAUAGGUUAUUUUAAAGAACGAUUUUCAUGAAAUGCAGGGCAGACAUUUUGAACAUUAGGUACUGAAUGAUGCAUUGCACACUGUGAUUUAAAGAAACAAAUGCUAUGCUACAUCACACCUUUAUUUUUGACCAGAGCUGUACUCUGAAAGUUGUCACGGAAAAUAAAAGGGAAACUUUCUGGGACUGGAAGAUGGGGGGAAGAGUGGAAGGAAGGAAAGAGGUUUGGAAAUCACUCUAUGUAGGUGAGCGCAUGUUGCACUGCAGUCAGGAGAAAAUUUAAGUGCUAAAAAUGUUUGCACUAAAGGACUAGAGAGAAAGCAGUCUAGAGCCCUAAUCUCCUUAUUCUGCACAUGACUGUAGUCCACGUAUAAAAUCAUGCAAGAGAAAUCCAGUGCCUUCUACAGAACUCUUGUCUUUAUCCACGCAGAACCAGGUCCUGCCAAGAGGCAUUUGCAAUGGCAGGGCUCAGGCUUGCAGCCCCGGGGGACCCCAAAUUCCCACCGACAUCAGGACGUGCGCUCCAUACACGCCGUGGCUUCUGUGGGAACACGUACGUUUGCGUGCAGCAGACCUGGUUCUUUACUCACUUGCACAGGUUUUACCCCUGUGUGAAGCUGCGUUUGGUUAACACCAGUGUAAGGAAGGGGAAGUCUUGGUCAUGUGUGGAACAAGCCAACCAAAAACGAUCAAAGGGGCUGGCAGGAGCGUGGUUGCUGAUGUACAGUCUGAGAGCACGGACUAAGGGGGUGAAUCACCAGUUGCUUUUACUCCAUAAUUGUGAGUGUUAAGAGUAAAAAUGUGAGAUAUUUACAUCAAAUGUAACACUUUUUAUGAAACUUGUAAGCACCAGGAUGUUUACUUACGCGAUUUUGGUUCGCCAUUAAAUUUCUAUCUGUGAUAGAUCACAUGCUAUGUAAAAAGUGGGGGGGGAAGGGUUAUAGUUUACUAUUUUUGAAGUUUACAUUGUUGCAUACAAAAUUAAAAGUGUUCUUUUGAACUGCUGCCAUACCCUAAGGGUCCCUGCUGCCACUGAGGUCCUCUUUGUCUCAGGCAGGGGUGGCAUCCACUUCAAAACAUUUUAGCAAAGCAACUUCAGAUUCCAUUAUCUGUUUGGCAAAGCUAAAUAAUAAAAGAUUUUAAACUCA